GAUUGGGCGCGUCCAUGCAUUCGGGGCUGUGGGCACUUCCGGAUCCCUGGUGUCAGCGCUGCGGGAGGAGAGGUGCAAUGUUGCGGGAUGGGAGUUCCUGAGACGUUCUGACCCGGGGGAUAAGAGCUGGGAGUGGAAGUGAGUGAGCGGAGGACGAGAAGAGCAGGCAGACAGAGGCCCCCGGGACGUCAGCAGUCCGGCAGAAUCUGUGCAAGUGAAAUGACUGAGUAUAAGCUUGUCGUGGUCGGUGCUGGAGGCGUGGGCAAGAGCGCUCUGACCAUCCAACUCAUCCAGAACCACUUUGUUGAUGAGUACGAUCCCACUAUUGAGGACUCGUACAGGAAGCAGGUUGUCAUAGAUGGUGAAACAUGUCUCUUGGACAUUCUCGACACUGCAGGUCAAGAGGAGUAUAGUGCCAUGAGGGAUCAGUACAUGCGAACUGGAGAAGGAUUUCUUUGUGUCUUUGCUAUUAAUAAUACAAAAUCCUUUGAGGAUGUCCACCAUUACAGAGAACAGAUCAACAGGGUAAAAGAUUCAGACGAUGUCCCUAUGGUAUUAGUUGGUAACAAAUGUGACCUUCCUUCACGGACAGUGGACACAAAGCAAGCACAGGAUCUAGCAAAGAGUUAUGGGAUUCCGUUCAUAGAAACCUCUGCCAAAACAAGACAGGGCGUUGAAGACGCGUUCUACACCCUCGUCCGUGAAAUCCGCAAGCACAAAGAGAAGAUCAACAAUGGGAAAAAGAAGAAGUCCUCCAAAAGGAAGUGUAUAAUUCUUUAAUUCAAGUGCCAUCUUUCCUGAGGACCGCCAGUGAAGCCACAGCCUGUGUGCCAACUUGAACCAAGCAGAUUGUGUGGACUUUAGUAAUGCAGUGGAAGAGAACCAGUGCCAUGAAAUGCCAGAUUCCCUUAAUUUUUGUUUUUAUUGUAGGCAAUGCAUAAAUCCAAAUUUUUGGAGUGGGGGUUCAGUCUUCAAAGAUAUACUCCUUUGGAGCCCCUUCUCGUGUAUUCAUUUGAGACAGGAACCUUUAAUAUAUGUGCAAACUUUUAAUUGAAAGACUAUUGCAGUGCCCACAGUACUUCUCCCCCAAGUAAGGAUCUAUGCCACCAUAUUUUUUAUUUUCAUUUUUGUAACCCUUUAGGGAGAAGCCAGUGGGUCAGAUCUGCCUAUUGACAAUUGUCUAUGAAUAAGCAGAACAGUAUUUUAAAACUUCUCUAAAAGGAGGAAACCUAGGAACCUAAUAUGAAAGUGAUGAAGCCUUGGUUGUGAACAUAGUCUGAAAAUGGGGGAACAUGCUAGAAAGAAAUAAAGGAAAAACAUCUUUUAAAACUGA